ACGUGUUACCUAGGAGACAACAGAAGCAGGCGUGGAGAUGAUUGCCCUUUACCCAUUUGACAGCCUGUGCGCGAGCUUCCCAGAGUAACCCGGAAGUUGUGGUCGAAGGUUGGUGUGCAAGAGGGAAUGUGAGUGUCUCCGUAUGUAUGUGCAUGUAUUUGUACAUAGUGACUGAUAUGGCUGCCAGUUUUCUAUGUAUUGCUGACUCGCAGUGUUUAUGUAAUGUACGAUUGUUAAAUUAUUAGAAUUUUGAACAAAACAUGUUGGUUACAAGCCUGUGGAUGUGAAUUUGGGCUGCGGAUGCUGUGGUAAGCGGCUGGAAAUAUUGGGUUAAUACUAAACCAUUCUCAAUGCCAGAACAAGGCCCCAGGAUGAAUGGUUUCUCUUUAGGCGAGCUAUGUUGGUUGUUUUGUUGUCCACCUUGUCCCAGUCGCAUCGCGGCCAAGCUCGCCUUUCUUCCACCAGAGCCAACAUACUCGGUACAGCUGGAUGAAACGAACGGGACGUGUAGCCUUAACUUGAGCGAAAGGGCUGAUUGGCAGUAUUCCCAGCGGGAGCUAGACGCGGUGGAGGUGUUUUAUACAAGGACCAGUAGGGGAAACAGGAUGGGGUGUAUGUUUGUUCGCUGUGCCCCCAACAGUCGUUAUACAAUCCUGUUCUCUCAUGGCAACGCUGUGGAUCUGGGACAGAUGUGUAGUUUUUACAUUGGGUUGGGCUCAAGGAUCAAUUGCAAUGUAUUUUCUUAUGAUUACUCUGGGUAUGGAGUCAGCGCUGGGAAGCCUUCAGAAAAGAAUUUGUAUGCAGACAUUGAUGCAGCAUGGCAAGCAUUAAGAACGAGGUAUGGUGUUAAUCCUGAAACAAUAAUCCUGUAUGGUCAGAGCAUUGGUACUGUUCCAACAGUCGAUCUGGCUUCUCGGUAUGAAUGUGCAGCUGUUAUCCUCCAUUCUCCUUUGAUGUCAGGAUUACGAGUGGCUUUUCCUGACACUAGAAAAACAUACUGCUUUGAUGCUUUCCCAAGCAUUGACAAGAUCUCAAAAGUGCUGUCUCCUGUUCUGAUUAUUCAUGGUACUGAAGAUGAGGUGAUAGAUUUUUCCCAUGGCCUGGCGAUGUAUGAGCGAUGCCCAAGAGCAGUGGAGCCUCUAUGGGUCGAAGGUGCAGGGCAUAAUGACAUAGAGCUUUAUUCGCAGUAUUUAGAAAGACUAAAGCAGUUUAUAUCUCAUGAGCUUCCAAACUCUUGAAGGCCAUGGCCCUACCUAUGUUAAUGUGAAAGAAAAGUAACUUGAGUUUUGCACAUACUGUAACUGGAUAGUUCUAUAUACUUUAUAUAAUGAAGAAAACUCUUAUCUAUUGGGAUUGUCUGGUAAAAUGUCAAAUACUUUUUUUUUAUUUUUUAUACUUGAAAUUUGUUCAAAUAACAAUGCAUAUACUGUUCAUUUGACGCAAUUACAAAUCCAGAUUCAGGUAAAGGUGGGGUUAACAUUUUUUCUAUUGUUUCAUUAAUAUUGCGAAAGGCUUUUCAACAGUUCUUUUACUUUUCUGCAAUUUACAAGACGGGGAUUUUCAUGUUAGAAAUGAGCACUAGUCUGUAGGUUUUAUUGCCUUCAGUUUCUUAAAUAGUAAUAGAGUUAAAAAAAUAAACUAUGGGGAGAAAUUUCUUACAUUUUUACCUGUAUCGUUGCAACUGAAAAUUCUAAUGAAACCUCCUGUACUGAUGAUUUGCUAAAUCUGUUCAGGCUUAGUGUUUUGCAGUCUUUUGAACCAAAUUUGAAAAUCAUAAAAAAAAAUGGUCAAGUUAUGUGCCAUGUGUAGCUACGGCUAAAUUUACUUUGGGGCAAAAAUGUAAAUACUGGCUUGAAAAAAAAAACACAAUGUGUAAAUUUAUCAAUAUUUGAAAACUAUGUUUCUUAUCUUAUAUAUAGUGAUCCUUUGAGCAAGCAUUCCUUGUACAUGAUUUCAGAGUACUGUACAUAAUUGAAUUACUCUUUGAAUAUAUUCUUCGGUAGCAAUUUUCUUUUACACUGACUUAAAUUAUCUGAUACAGCCAAAUUGGGUUUUUUAAAUGAUUGAAAAAUUUUAUUACAUUUCUAUUCCUGUAUUACUUUACUAGUAAAACUUUUGUAAUGUUUCCAGUAAUAAUAAAUUAAAUUUACACAUUUGUGUUUUACUUCAGUUAGGGAAGGUGGAGCUUCUAUAAAGUAACAAACUGUGAUUAAUUUAGAAAGUCAUUUGAUUCUUAACACUGGAAUUGCAGAAAUGCAGAAAUAAUGCAAACUGUGUAAAACUUUAAAACACUACUAGUAGGGUUCUACUUUUACCAAAUUAAGAGCCUUAAAUGUACUGUAAGCUGAAGAUUGUUAACUGAUGAUUACUAUAGUUUGAAGUUUAUGUACUGUUGCUGUAAAGUGACACACUGAUUGUGCUGGAAUAAAGGAUGCAUGGAAUAA